AUGCCACUCCCCAUAUAUGUGACAACUAAGGGGAUUCCAUUCCCCCUAUAUGUGACAACUAAGGAGAUGCCACUCCCCCUAUAUGUGACAACUAAGGAGAUGCCACUCCCCCUAUAUGUGACAACUAAGGAGAUGCCACUCCCCCUAUAUGUGACAACCAAGGGGAUGCCACUCCCUAUAUAUGUGACAACUAAGGAGAUGCCACUCCCCCUAUAUGUGACAACUAAGGAGAUGCCACUCCCCCUAUAUGUGACAACUAAGGGGAUUCCACUCCCCCUAUAUGUGACAACUAAGGGGAUGCCACUUCCCCUAUAUGUGACAACUAAGGAGAUGCCACUUCCCCUAUAUGUGACAACUAAGGAGAUGCCACUCCUCCUAUAUGUGACAACUAAGGAGAUGCCACUCCCCCUAUAUGUGACAACUAAGGGGAUUUCACUCUCCCUAUAUGUGACAACUAAGGGGAUGCCACUUCCCCUAUAUGUGACAACUAGGGAGAUGCCACUCCCCCUAAAUGUGACAACUAAGGAGAUGCCACUCCCCCUAUAUGUGACAACUAAGGAGAUGCCACUCCCCCUAUAUGUGACAACUAAGGAGAUGCCACUCCCCCUAUAUGUGACAACCUAG